AUGUCUAAUACAUUAGUAUAUCUAUAUCACUCUACAAUUGAUGUAUUAAGUACUAUUUUAACAGCAGUAUUUCUAUAUAGCUCUACAAUUGAUGUAUUGAGUACUAUUUUAACAGUGGUAUUUCUAUAUCACUCUACAAUUGAUGUAUUAAGUACUAUUUUAACAGCAGUAUUUCUAUAUCGCUCUACAAUUGAUGUAUUAAGUACUAUUUUAACAGUAGUAUUUCUAUAUCGCUCUACAAUUGUUGUAUUUAGUACUAUUUUAACAGUAGUAUUUCUAUAUCGCUCUACAAUUGAUGUAUUAAGUACUAUUUUAACAGCAGUAUUUCUAUAUAGCUCUACAAUUGAUGUAUUGAGUACUAUAACAGUGGUAUUUCUAUAUAACUCUAUAAUUGAUAUAUUGAGUACUAUUUUAACAGUAGUAUUUCUAUAUCGCUCUACAAUUGAUGUAUUUAGUACUAUUUUAACAGUAGUAUUUCUAUAUCACUCUACAAUUGAUGUAUUAAGUACUAUUUUAACAGUAGUAUUUCUAUAUCGCUCUACAAUUGAUGUAUUAAGUACUAUUUUAACAGUAGUAUUUCUAUAUCACUCUAUAAUUGAUGUAUUGGGUACUAUGUUAACAGUGGUAUUUCUAUAUCACUCUAUAAUUGUUGUAUUUAGUACUAUUUUAACAGUAGUAUUUCUAUAUAACUCUAUAAUUGAUGUAUUGAGUACUAUUUUAACAGUGGUAUUUCUAUAUAGCUCUACAAUUGAUGUAUUGAGUACUAUUUUAACAGUGGUAUUUCUAUAUCACUCUACAAUUGAUGUAUUGAGUACUAUUUUAACAGUAGUAUUUCUAUAUAACUCUAUAAUUGAUGUAUUGAGUACUAUUUUAACAGUGGUAUUUCUAUAUCACUCUACAAUUGAUGUAUUGAGUACUAUUUUAACAGUAGUAUUUCUAUAUCACUCUACAAUUGAUGUAUUGAGUACUAUAUUAACAGUGGUAUUUCUAUAUAGCUCUACAAUUGAUGUAUUGAACAUUGUUUUAUCAGUGGUAUUUCUAUAUAGCUCUACAAUUGAUGUAUUGAGUACUAUUUUAACAGUAGUAUUUCUAUAUCACUCUACAAUUGAUGUAUUGAGUACUAUUAUAACAGUGGUAUUUCUAUAUCACUCUACAAUUGAUGUAUUGGGCACUAUUUUAACAGUAGUAUUUCUAUAUCACUCUACAAUUGAUGUAUUGAGUACUAUUAUAACAGUGGUAUUUCUAUAUCACUCUACAAUUGAUGUAUUGUGUACUAUUUUAACAGUAGUAUUUCUAUAUCACUCUACAAUUGAUGUAUUGAGUACUAUUUUAACAGUGGUAUUUCUAUAUAGCUCUACAAUUGAUGUAUUGUGUACUAUUUUAACAGUGGUAUUUCUAUAUAGCUCUACAAUUGAUGUAUUGUGUACUAUUUUAACAGUGGUAUUUCUAUAUAGCUAUACAAUUGAUGUAUUGUGUACUAUUUUAACAGUGGUAUUUCUAUAUCACUCUACAAUUGAUGUAUUGUGUACUAUUUUAACAGUGGUAUUUCUAUAUCAAUCUACAAUUGAUGUAUUGUGUACUAUUUUAACAGUGGUAUUUCUAUAUCUCUCUAUAAUUGAUGUAUUGAGUACUAUUAUAACAGUGAGUAAUGUUUGUUAG